GGCGGCGGCGGCGGCGGAGGAGGAGGAGGAGGAGGAGGAGGGAGCGCUCCCCAGGAAUGUCGCUGCCGCCGCCACCACCGCCGGGGCCGCUGCCGUUGAGGAGGCGACGGAGGAGACCGGCGUUGUUAGGAAGAUGAUCCAUAUGAUCUUGAAGACCUUUCUUUGGUGAUGAAGGAAUUACAAAGAACCAAAUAUAAUUCUGAAAUUCAGGAUCUGUAUUUUGAGAUGGUUUUAUUUUCAGAAUGAAAAGUAUAUAUGGUGACUUUUAUGAAUGUAGAGACAUGAGAAAAGAGUUAUGAUGGCAAAAAACAAAGAGCCUCGUCCUCCAGCCUAUACUGUCAGUGUAGUUGGACUCUCUGGGACUGAAAAAGACAAAGGGAACUGUGGAGUUGGAAAGUCUUGUUUGUGCAAUAGAUUUGUACGCUCAAAGGCAGAUGAAUAUUAUCCAGAGCAUACUUCUGUGCUUAGCACCAUUGACUUUGGAGGCCGAGUAGUAAACAAUGAUCACUUUUUAUACUGGGGUGACAUAACUCAAAAUGGUGAAGAUGGAGUAGAAUGCAAAAUUCAUGUCAUUGAACAAACAGAGUUCAUUGAUGACCAGACUUUCUUGCCUCAUCGAAGUACAAAUUUACAACCAUACAUAAAACGUGCAGCUGCCUCUAAAUUGCAGUCAGCAGAAAAACUAAUGUACAUUUGCACUGAUCAGCUAGGCUUGGAGCAAGACUUUGAACAGAAGCAAAUGCCUGAAGGGAAGCUCAAUGUAGAUGGAUUUUUAUUGUGUAUUGACGUAAGUCAAGGAUGUAAUAGGAAGUUUGAUGAUCAACUUAAAUUUGUGAAUAACCUUUUUGUCCAGCUAUCAAAAUCCAAAAAGCCUGUGAUAAUAGCAGCAACUAAAUGUGAUGAAUGUGUGGAUCAUUAUCUUAGAGAAGUUCAAGCAUUUGCUUCAAACAAAAAGAACCUUCUUGUAGUGGAAACAUCAGCACGAUUUAAUGUCAACAUUGAGACAUGUUUCACUGCAUUGGUACAAAUGUUGGAUAAAACUCGUGGCAAACCUAAAAUUAUUCCCUAUCUGGAUGCUUAUAAAACACAGAGACAACUUGUUGUCACAGCAACAGAUAAGUUCGAAAAACUUGUACAGACUGUGAGAGAUUAUCAUGCAACUUGGAAAACUGUUAGUAAUAAAUUAAAAAAUCAUCCUGAUUAUGAAGAAUACAUCAACUUAGAGGGUACAAGAAAGGCCAGAAAUACGUUCUCAAAACAUAUAGAACAACUCAAGCAGGAACAUAUAAGAAAAAGGAGAGAAGAAUAUAUAAGUUCUUUACCACGGGCUUUCAAUACUCUUUUGCCUGAUCUAGAAGAGAUUGAACAUUUGAAUUGGUUGGAAGCUUUGAAGUUAAUGGAAAAGAGAGCAGAUUUCCAGUUAUGUUUUGUGGUGCUAGAAAAAACCCCUUGGGAUGAAACUGACCACAUCGACAAAAUCAAUGAUAGACGGAUCCCAUUCGACCUCCUGAGCACUUUAGAAGCAGAAAAGGUCUAUCAGAACCAUGUGCAACAUCUGAUAUCAGAGAAAAGAAGACUGGAAAUGAAGGAGAAAUUCAAGAAGACGUUAGAAAAAAUUCAGUUCAUUUCACCUGGGCAACCAUGGGAGGAAGUGAUGUGUUUUGUUAUGGAGGAUGAAGCAUUCAAAUACAUCACUGAGGCUGAUAGCAAAGAAGUAUAUGGUCGGCAUCAGCGAGAGAUAGUUGAAAGAGCCAAAGAAGAGUUUCAGGAAAUGCUCUUUGAGCAUUCGGAACUUUUUUAUGAUUUAGAUCUUAAUGCAACACCAAGUUCAGAUAAAAUGAGUGAAAUUCAUACCGUUCUAAGUGAAGAACCUAGAUAUAAAGCUUUACAGAAACUUGCACCUGAUAGGGAAUCUCUUCUACUUAAGCAUAUAGGAUUUGUUUAUCAUCCCACUAAAGAAACCUGCCUCAGUGGCCAAUAUUGUACAGACAUUAAAGUGGAACACUUACUUGCCAGUAGUCUUUUACAGUUGGAUCAUGGCCGCUUACGCUUGUAUCAUGAUAGUACCAAUAUAGACAAAGUUAAUCUUUUCAUUUUAGGGAAAGAUGGCCUUGCCCAGGAACUAGCAAAUGAGAUAAGGACUCAAUCCACUGAUGAUGAGUAUGCCUUAGAUGGAAAAAUUUAUGAACUUGAUCUUCGGCCUGUUGAUGCCAAAUCGCCUUACCUUUUGAGUCAGUUAUGGACUGCAGCCUUUAAACCACAUGGGUGCUUCUGUGUAUUUAAUUCCAUUGAGUCACUGAGUUUUAUUGGGGAAUUUAUUGGAAAAAUAAGAACUGAAGCUUCUCAGAUCAGAAAAGAUAAAUACAUGGCUAAUCUUCCAUUUACAUUAAUUCUUGCUAAUCAGAGGGACUCCAUUAGUAAAAAUCUACCAAUUCUCAGGCACCAAGGACAGCAGUUGGCCAACAAAUUGCAGUGUCCUUUUGUAGAUGUACCUACUGGUACAUAUCCUCGUAAAUUUAAUGAAUCACAAAUCAAGCAAGCUCUAAGAGGAGUAUUGGAAUCAGUUAAACACAAUUUAGAUGUGGUGAGCCCAGUUCCUAUCAAUAAGGACGUGUCGGAAGCUGACUUGAGGAUUGUCAUGUGUGCCAUGUGUGGUGACCCAUUUAGUGUGGAUCUCAUUCUCUCACCCUUCCUUGAGUCUCACUCCUGUAGUGCUGCUCAAGCUGGACAGAGUAAUUCCUUAAUGCUUGACAAAAUUAUUGGUGAGAAAAGGAGGCGCAUACAGAUCACAAUAUUGUCAUACCACUCCUCAAUUGGAGUAAGAAAAGAUGAACUGGUUCAUGGCUAUAUAUUAGUUUAUUCUGCAAAACGGAAAGCAUCGAUGGGAAUGCUUCGCGCAUUUCUGUCAGAAGUUCAAGAUACCAUUCCUGUGCAACUGGUAGCAGUUACUGACAGUCAAGCAGAUUUUUUUGAAAAUGAGGCCAUCAAGGAGUUAAUGACUGAAGGAGAACACAUUGCAACUGAGAUAACUGCUAAAUUUACAGCAUUGUAUUCUUUAUCUCAGUAUCAUCGGCAAACGGAGGUCUUUACUCUGUUUUUCAGUGACGUUCUAGAGAAAAAAAAUAUGAUAGAAAAUUCCUAUUUGUCUGAUAACACAAGGGAAUCCACCCAUCAAAGUGAAGAUGUUUUUCUCCCAUCUCCAAGAGACUGUUUUCCCUAUAACAACUACCCUGAUUCAGAUGAUGACACAGAAGCACCACCUCCUUAUAGUCCUAUUGGGGAUGAUGUACAGUUGCUUCCAACACCCAGUGACCGCUCCAGAUACAGGUUAGAUUUAGAAGGAAAUGAGUAUCCUGUUCAUAGCACCCCAAACUGUCACGAUCAUGAACGUAACCAUAAAGUGCCUCCGCCUAUUAAACCUAAACCAGUUGUACCUAAAACAAAUGUGAAAAAACUGGAUCCAAACCUUUUAAAAACAAUUGAAGCUGGUAUUGGUAAAAAUCCAAGAAAACAGACUUCCCGGAUGCCUUUGCCACAUCCUGAAGAUAUGGAUUCUUCAGAUAACUAUGCGGAACCCCUUGACACAAUUUUCAAACAGAAGGGCUAUUCUGAUGAGAUUUAUGUUGUCCCAGAUGAUAGUCAGAAUCGAAUUAUUAAAAUUCGAAAUUCAUUUGUAAAUAACACUCAAGGAGAUGAAGAAAAUGGGUUUUCUGAUAGAACCUCCAAAGGUCACGGGGAACGUAGGCCUUCAAAAUACAAAUAUAAAUCUAAAACAUUGUUUAGUAAAGCCAAGUCAUACUAUAGAAGAACACAUUCAGAUGCAAGUGAUGAUGAGGCCUUCACCACUUCUAAAACAAAAAGAAAAGGAAGACAUCGUGGAAGUGAAGAAGACCCACUGCUUUCACCUGUUGAAACCUGGAAAGGUGGUAUCGAUAAUCCUGCGAUCACAUCUGACCAGGAGGUAGAUGAUAAGAAGAUAAAGAAGAAGACCCACAAAGUAAAGGAAGAUAAAAAGCAGAAAAAGAAAACUAAGACCUUCAAUCCACCAACACGUAGGAAUUGGGAAAGUAAUUACUUUGGGAUGCCCCUCCAGGAUCUGGUUACAGCUGAGAAGCCUAUACCACUGUUUGUUGAAAAAUGUGUGGAAUUUAUUGAAGACACAGGAUUAUGUACUGAAGGACUGUACCGUGUUAGUGGAAAUAAAACUGAUCAAGACAACAUUCAAAAGCAGUUUGAUCAAGAUCAUAAUAUCAAUCUAGUAUCCAUGGAAGUGACAGUUAAUGCAGUAGCUGGAGCUCUCAAAGCUUUCUUUGCUGAUCUGCCAGAUCCUUUGAUUCCAUAUUCACUCCAUCCAGAGCUAUUGGAAGCAGCGAAAAUACCAGAUAAAACAGAACGCCUUCACGCCUUGAAAGAAAUUGUUAAGAAAUUUCAUCCUGUAAACUAUGAUGUAUUCAGAUAUGUGAUAACACAUCUAAACAGGGUUAGUCAGCAAAAUAAAAUCAACCUAAUGACAGCAGACAACUUAUCCAUCUGUUUUUGGCCGACUUUGAUGAGACCUGAUUUUGAAAAUCGGGAGUUUCUGUCUACCACUAAAAUCCAUCAAUCUGUCGUUGAAACAUUUAUUCAACAGUGCCAGUUUUUCUUUUACAAUGGAGAAAUUGUAGAAACUGCGAACACUGUGGCUCCUCCCCCACCUUCAAAUCCAGGACAGUUGGUGGAAUCAAUGGUACCGCUUCAGUUACCACCACCCUUGCAACCUCAGCUAAUUCAACCGCAAUUGCAGGCAGACCCUCUUGGUAUUAUAUGAGUAGAAUGUGAUUGCAAAUGGCCUGAAGUUGGACAAAAGCAAAUCUAGACAUGCAUGUUUCAGGGUUUAGUAGUAUAUUUCAUGUUUCAUACAGAUAAUCCACAUUCAAAAUGAUGAGACAUUUUCUCUUUGAACUAUAUGGUAUUCCCUGUUCACUUACAUUACGAAUUCUAAAAACAUGGUAAGCAUGACUGGAGAGGUUUAAUUUUUAUAAACAAAAAAUAGUUAUAAAAAUGCAAAGCUGCUGCUGCAUGCAACCUUAUUGCAAUCAGUAUAUCAUUCCUGUGGCGAUUUCUGUCACAUUAUAUUGUGAAUAAAAUUUUUCUAUAGAAAUUAAAUGAUUUAAAAACUCAUAUAUGAAACGUUUAAUGCUUUCAGCCUGCUUUAUGGCUGGUUUUGUUAUUUGAUGUGCUAAUUUGGAAACUUAAUUUACAUUCAAGCAGUCUGUAUAGAUAACUAAAGCCCAGUUAAGUAUUUUAUAAUUUCAGGCUACUGUGCCGUGCUUGGGAUGUUGUUUGAAAGAAAGAAAAAAAUACAUGUAACAUAUUUCACAUUUCUGCACCUUCAUCUUCUAAGUAAAUCUGUGGAUGAUUUGAUGAGGAGUGAAUGAACUUGUUUCUUUUACUCACAUACCAAGGACACACUUGUGGUUAAAGUGAGUUGAUAAUGUGGUGUAAAGGAUAGUUGUCACCAACUCAUUUCUUUAUGAUCUAUAAUGAAAAAUCCAUUUUGUAUACGGUUAAUUCUGUAAACAGAUGCAUGUUCAAAAGAUCUAUGAUGGUCUUGUAAUCUUAAUCUAAUAUAUUUUAGAUAUUUUAAUUUUUCCCUCUUGGGGAAUACAUUUAGUAUAGUGUAGAAAAAUACUUCAUGACAUUUUCAUAUAAGGUUAUAUAACUUUUCAUACAUAAACAUGAAAUUUGUUGUAGAAAGUUCUUUAAACCAAACAUUUAAUCCAGGACUUCAAUUUAAUCUGUUCCUUGAAUCUAUUUUUAUGUGGCCCUUGAGAAUAUAUCCCAAAAAAAUCCAUUGCUAAUACAGCAAUAAAAAUACUUUGGGUACUGACAGACUCCUUGGAGUAUGUAUAUAUAAAAUCACAAACUUGUAUUCAUAUUCUUUCUGUGAUGUGUUGUUCUACAAUCCAGAAUGGCUUUUGCACCAUUUUUUAAACCAGUUUCCCCCCCUUUGAUGUUGGUACCAGAGUUGCUAUAAAUGACUGCUGCUUUAGGGGUUAAAUAUUUUGUUAGUGAAGAUUAAACCAGAACACUAAAUUAUGAUAAAACUUUCUGACUGGAUAAUAGGUAAAUUUAGUUGGGCUGUAUUCAAAAUUAUUUUAUUAUCAAACCAUACCAUUUGUUUUACUGGGAAAAGGAAAAUGAUUUGCUUUUUACUGCUGGGUCAUAUUUUGUGUAGUAAGGAAGAAAUUCUUUGGUCAAUAUUGUAAUCUUUAUAUUUCAACGUUAAGGUUUCCUUAUUUGUAUUAUAGUAAAUCGAUGAUUUUUGAGAUUCAAGGCUCCUAAGAGUUUGAUUUGCUCCAUUUUGUCUUAAAAUAAAUAUUCUUUCCCAAUUGUUAUAUCUUAGGUAUUGUACUUCCAAUUUCAACCACGAUGUCGACAUGAACCAGGCUACUGUUGAAGUACAUGUAUAUUAUAAAUUACCCUAUUUGUGUCAUAUGCUUACAUGUUAUUAUCUUUUCUAAGAGAACAAAGUCCCUAUUAUUCCUAUUGCAAAGCACACAGGAAUUAAGAAAGUACAGUAAUUUUUAAAAAAGAAUAUCCGGUAAAUGUAGUAUUCUUAACUUGUUCUAUAUUACUUAAUACCUAUGUCUAUAUAGCUUUAAUUUAUAGCUGUCAGUUUAACAUUGGCAUGUCUGGCAAAGAAAAUUAAACUUUAAGAGUUUUAUAAACUGUUUCUAGGUUGCUAAAGAAUUUAUUUUUCUACUAUAAAUGGUAUAGAUAAAGCAUCAACUAUGUACAGGAAAAAAGCCUGAAUAUUUCUGUUGGAAGUAGGCUUAAAAGAGAAUUUUCAGAACUGUUCAUAUCUUUGGUUUAUUCUGUCCUAACUUUACUAUUGUAAUAUAUAAGUUCCAGUUUAUUUAAGCCUUUCUCUUUUAUAAUGUGUUAAUUUAACAUUCAUUUACAUUUAGAACUAUUUUUGUUAUUAAAGUUAGCAUUUAGAAGUUUCCACAUUAACCACCUUAACACCUUUCCCAAAACUGAUCUCUUACUUUUCUAUGCGUUCUAUCAUUGAUUUGACACACUACUACAUAGAAAAUCACUUCAGUAUUCUACAUCUGGCUCAUUACUGGUAGGUUACAGAUACUGGAAAUUAAAGUGCGCUUUAAAGCUCA